AAUAAACACCACGCAUAUAUGGGGCCCAACGGGUGUAUAUUGUGGGGCAUACAACACAAUGCCGAGGUGGGGCAGCCCUUUCGGAGGCGUCGUAACUUGAGGUUUGACUCUUCCGACUGGGGACAACAAUUGCUCUCACUGACACAUCUCCAUCGUUAACCUCUACCAGGUACAUGACCAUGUACUCCUUCUUCGCUGUCGUAACUCUCUUCAUCCUCGUCGCUACAGCAGCCGCUCAAGACCUCUGUCCGAAAGACGAAUACGCCUGCCUCGACAUCAUCAACUCCAGCCAAUGUCUCGCGCAGCUCGUUAUUCAGAAGAUGUCUCCUCUGACCAAGGAAAACAUGGCGAAGUGCGUCGAAACAGAGGGAGUCGCUAGCAGCUUGCCAGGAGCACAAAAGUUAUGUCGGUGCCCCGGAUGCCAUACAGAACCCAUAAACGCCGCGAUCAGAGAGCUGUUUCCGCCGCCGUGCGUGUAGAUUUAGGGAAUGGAAGCUAGAGCGUUGCGCAAGGCUGAUAGGUGGAAGCUUAUGUUAAGCUAUCGCGUGGAAUCUGAGUGUUUUCUGCAGAGCGUUGUCAUAGAAACAGUGGCUGGUGUUCGUUCGAAGAUAUAAUCGGAUAUCGCGGCAUUGAAGGCCAUUUCUGAGCGAUUGCUUUUCUAGUAACCACUUUAUGUAAGGGAUUCUAGGUAUGAGUCCCGACAGUUGAUGUUCCCUCGUCUCCUCAGCUCUACUCAGCUCUACUCGUCAUCGUCGUAUUCAUCCGAGCUUUGAUCGUCUAUGAAAUCGUCGCCACCCAUUUCGCCGUCCUCCACACCGGAUUCACUGUAGUAGUCGAUAGCAUCUGUGCUGUCACAGUCUGAAGAGUCGGUCUUUUCAUACGGCCCUUGGAACGCGUCUCUCUCAACGUUGGAUCCGGUAUUCGACCUCUCGCAAUAGGAAGACCCAUUCUC